AUGGAUUUCCUGGUUAGGAGCAUCAAUAAUUGCAUCAAAAAUUUCCUGAUUAGGAACAUCAAUACUUACAUCAAAAAUUCACACUACCAGCUCCCACAGAGCAAGCGGACAAGCCUGGGAGAACAGACGAUGGAGGACGAGGCACAGAGAGUCAUCGACCUGAGAGACCAGCUGCUACGUGGUGAUGGCGCCAGGGCCGCGAUGGUUGUGCUGGAGCGUGGGCUGAGGGAUAACUAUGCGAAGAAGAGCCAGUAUGGCCGGCUCAUCCGUCAAGGACGGUACGAUCUGCUGGACGGGGUGACACUGGUGAACGAGUUCACUGAGAGACGGCUGGUGGACGAGGUGCUGGAGGCUGACUACGAGAGCCGCCACAAGCGAAGCUGCGAGGUUGAAGAGGACGACACGUCCCAGAGCAGCCGCUACACUGGUAAUAAGAAGCGGAGCAAUCCAUACCUCCAUCUUCAAGAUCACAGUAUAGGGGAUGACUUCUAUGACGAUGUGCCCGCUGAGCAGCCGGCGACAGAGGCACCUGUGCAGAGCCAUGUGAGUGUCCAGGGUAACGCUACAGGUACUGUGAAUGGGAUAGACCCUGCUGAGUACCAACGGUAUCUGUACCAGCUCCAGCUUGCCAACCAGGCUCAGCAGCAGCUCUCCAUGGGCGGCGGCAUGAUGUACAACCCGUACUACACGCUGCCACAGCUUCCCGCCCAGCAGCUGAGCCAGCCCAGCACACAGUUCCAACCACAGCUUCCCGCCCAGCAACUGAGCCAGCACAGCACACAGUUCCAACAACAACCACACUACGUCCAGGGAACUCAACCACAGUUCACCCAGUACCAACCGCAACUGCUACAGCAGCAGCAACAGCUGCCGUACCAAGCACCACCACAGCCACCACAGCCGGACUACUGA